UCUCUCUUCAUUAUUUGCUUUGAUUUGGGCCAUCGGUGUUUCGAGCAGAGAGUCGAAAGCAGCGCGAGACUGGAACCCUAACCCUAAGUAGCUCGAAGGAGACCGAUGGCCGAAGCCGGUGGCGGUCCGUCGUCGGGAGGGGGAGCCACUUUGAAGGACCAGGGGAACGAGUUCUUCAAAGCCGGGAACUACCUGAAGGCCGCUGCGCUCUACACACAAGCCAUCAAGCUGGAACCCAGCAAUCCCACCCUUUACAGUAACCGUGCUGCUGCAUUUCUCCAUUUGGUUAAACUCAAUAAAGCACUUUCUGAUGCUGAGACAACGAUUUCUCUAAACCCCCAGUGGGAGAAGGGUUAUUUCAGGAAAGGAUGCAUUUUGGAAGCAAUGGAACGCUAUGAUGAUGCAAUAUCUGCAUUCCAAGUGGCUUUGCAAUACAAUCCACAGAGCUCUGAGGUAUCAAAGAAAAUAAAGAGAAUCACACAAUUAGCCAGAGAAAAGAAGCGAGCUCUGGAAGUAGAAAAUAUCCGUUCUAGCUUUGACAUGAGAAAUUUUUUGGAUCCCUUGAAACCUGAAUUUUCUUCAAAAUUUGGAACUGAGGAAGUAUGGCAAGAUAUCUUUUCUUUCCUCGCUGAUGUAAUGGAUUCAGCUAUAAAAGCAUGGCAUGAGACUGGUCAGGUUGAUCCUAGGGUGAAUUUCCUUCUUGAUAAGCAGAAGACUCAGACUGAUAAGUAUGCUCCAGUUGUCAAUAUAGACAAGGCAUUUGAAUCUCCCCAUACACACAGCAACUGUUUCUCAUUUUUAAGGCAGUAUGCAGAGGACUCAUUUUCCAGUGCUGCUUGCUUGGUUGCACCAAAGAGCAUUAUGGCCUAUCCACAGGUGUGGAAAGGGCAAGGUUCAAGAAAGUGGAAGCUUGGCCAGAGCAAUGGCUUCUUUGUGCAAUUUGAGUCACCUUUAUUGCGUAAAUUAUGGUUCAUUCCUAGCUCCACGGAGAAAGGCCGGAUUUUGUGCAGGAACCCAGAGGCAUUGGAUAUCAGUGCACACGAAGUGCUUCCUCGUCUUUUCAAAGAGUCCAUUUGAGAUGUCAGACAAAAAUAUUCACCUUUAAAUCUGAUUCUGAUCCCUGUGGUCUUGUCUUCCACCAUGUUUAUUUAUGUGGCCUGUGUAUCACAAGCUUUAUCAUAGUUUGGGUGUGUGAGCACCAUGAGAGGAACUUGAGCUUUUUGUAGAUGCUAUUUGGCAAUUUUGUUUGCCAAGCAUUUUUAAGAAAGUCUUUGUUUGUUUGUUUGAGA